GCGCCCGCCGCACACACCCACCGCCUUCCCCCGGUGAGCGCCGCCGCCGCCCCCUUGGGCUCGGCGCUGCCGCUGCGCGCCCGCGGCGGGGCCGCUGCCCGCAGCCGGGGCUGAGCGCGGCGGGAGCCGGGCCGGGCGGGCGGAGGCACCAUGCAGGCGCGGCGCUUGGCCAAGCGCUCCAGCAUGGGCAGCCGGCGGUUGAGCGCGGGGCCGGCGGCUGCGCAGGCGGACGGGGUCCGGCCCCCCAAGCCCGAGAGCGCCUGGAGGCCGCCCCGGCGGGAGGGCUCUGCCGCGGCGCUGGAGGAGGAGGACGAAGACGAGGACGUGGUGGUGGAGGUGGAGGAAGAAGAGGAGGAGGAGGAGGGCGGCCUGGGGAGUCUCCCCCCGGCGCUGACCGGCCACGGCAAGGGCCCCCUCCGAGGGAGCCUGAAGGCAGCCAGCAUCAAGCGCGAAAUGACCUUCCCUGCAUUCCAACAGGAGGAUGUAAAAAGUGACAUCAGUCAAAAACUGCCAGACCAACAGUUUCUCCUGUUCACCGCAAAGGAGGAAGACACAAAACCAGCAGAGACCAAAAAACCAAACAGAGCUCAUGAGUAUGAAAAGGAAAACACUCGUUCUGUUUGUCUUCUGGAACAGAAGCGCAAGGUUGUUUCUUCAAAUAUUGAUGUGCCUCCAGCAAGAAAAUCUUCAGAAGAACUGGACAUGGAUAAAGUAACAGCAGCCAUGGUACUCACCAGUUUAUCCACCAGCCCUUUGGUCCGCAGCCCUCCUGUCCGACCCAACGAAUCCCUAAAUGGAUCUUGGAAAGAAGGAGGAUUUGUGCCUUCUAGUACCAGCAGCAGUGGAUACUGGAGCUGGAACGCUCCCAGUGACCAGUCCAAUCCAUCCACCCCAUCUCCACCUCUGUCAGCUGAUAGCUUCAAAAGUUUUCGGACACCUUCCCAGCCAGAUGACGGUAUUGAUGAAGCUGAAACAAGCAACCUUCUCUUUGAUGAACCCAUUCCUAGGAAGAGAAAGGUCAGCCUUACGAACUCAAUGAAGGUGAUGUUCAAAUGCCUGUGGAAAAACUGUGGGAAGGUACUGAGCACAGCUGCAGGGAUUCAGAAACACAUACGGACCAUCCACCUUGGACGUGUAGGAGAGUCGGACUGUAGUGAUGGAGAGGAGGAUUUUUACUAUACAGAAAUCAGACUCAACACGGACUCAGUAGCUGAUGGCUUAAGCAGUCUUUCCCCAGUCUCUCCAUCUUUAGCAUCUCCUCCUUCCUUUCCCACCCAAGACGCAAUCCGUCCUGAAACUUCCUGUGCCAAAACUGAGACUAAAUUGAUGACACCUCUGAGCCGCUCAGCUCCUACCAACCUCUACCUCGUACACACGGACCACGCUUACCAGGCCACUCCUCCAGUGAACAUUCCAGGGUCAGCAAAAUUCACUCCCAAUGGCAGUAGCUUUAGCAUCUCUUGGCAGUCGCCUCCAGUUACCUUCACCGGCAUUCCAGUCUCACCAACUCAUAAUCGUCCUGCAGGGAGUGGAGAGCAGAAACAGUCCUACACAGUUCUUUCAUCACCGCCUAGAGUAGCAUUUGGCUUGAGGAAGCCUAGAGGGGAGGGGAAAAAGUGUCGGAAGGUCUAUGGGAUGGAGAACAGAGAUAUGUGGUGCACUGCCUGCCGGUGGAAGAAGGCCUGCCAAAGGUUCAUCGACUAAAGAGUGAAAUGAUGCAAAGGAUUUGGGGAGGGGGGAGAACAACGAGCAGAACCAGAUUGCUGCAGCUGCACUGUAUCACUUCUUAUUUUCCCUCCAGUGAUGUGGUGUUGGGGUUUUUUCGUUGUUUGUUUGGGGUUUUUUUUGUGGGUUUUUAUUUGUUUUUUAAAAAGAGCUUUGUAUUUCAAAGUGAAGCACUUGUAGCCAAGGAGAAGCACUAAUCAAAACCUGUGUGGAGCAAUAUAGAGGAAAAAAAAACAAAAACCAACAAAAAACCAAGAACAUACAACAAAAUUCUUUCUUACUAAGUAUGGAAACCAGAGCAGCUAUUAGUGUUUUCCUGUAAAAGAAAGGAAAAAGUUAAUUUUUUUGCUAACUCUGUGAGCUACUUGCUCCUUAGGAUCAUUUUUAACCAUUUCAGUCUCUGUGCUGUGAAUGUCUCUAUUUGCUGAAAUGAACGAUUUUUCUUUUCCUGAAACAAAGAUCUUUUUUUGAAAACUUUCUAAUAAAUACUUCAGAGUUGUAUAA